CUCUUCUAAUCCAAUUGAGUUCUUAUGGCUGGGCUCUAAGAAUAGGACUAAUUAAGCUAAAACACAGCAGCGACAACAUUUCAAUGGAGGAAAUGCUCCUGUACAAUAACGGUGAUAUCCAUCAUUAUAAAAGGAGAGUUUUUUGUCGGUAUGUAGGCUAAUUGAGAGGGACAGAGCAAGAUGCUUGAAAGGAUUUUUACUGAGCUGAAGAUAUCCGGAGGACAACUCUGCGUAUAUCGAAUGAAGAAAGAAUGAGCAUGUUUGUGACCCUGGCGGAGGUGCUGGAGUCACGAGGAGCACCUCUGGAGGAGGACGAGGUCUGGGCUCUCCUCCUAGGGGCGGCAGAAGUCUUGAUAGACAUUUCCAGUAAAGAUCCUGGUAACAUGUGCUGUGUCAUCAGCCCCGGCUCCAUGCUCCUUUCUGCAGUCGGCAGGAUUGCCUUCAAGACCUGUGGCAGAUCUGAGGCCGUGGGAUCCUUCACUUCCCCAGAACUGUCGCAGAGCAACUCUUCCCCCAGGAGACCGGCCACGGAGAAGAUGGUGGUUUACUCACUAGGCAUGACUCUCUACUGGGCAGUAGAUUAUCAACUUCCACAAAACCAGCCUGUCCAGCUCAGCGACGACCUGAACAGCCUUUUGCUGAGCAUGUGCGAGGACGUGGCUCACAAACGGGUGAACCUCCUGAUGUUGCUGGAGACGUGUGAACAUCACCAUAAGACUGCUGUCCUGCCCCGGCCAGAGAAAGCCAUCAGGCAGAUGGCCGAGGAUGUGCUGCAGUCUGAAAAAAGCCCAAAUGAUUCUGCUCAUCUCGUAGGCCGAAGCCAGAUGGUUAGAGAAAGACUUCGGGGAGCUUCCUGUCAGAACUCAGUUUGGCCUCUGAAAGGGAACAGCACACCAUCACCAGCAGACUUCAGCAAAAGUCAUAGUUCACACCAAAGGAGCAGAAACAACACAUGGCUGCCCCAAAGUCCUAUUCUUGACAGACGGCGUCCGUUCAACUCAAGGCCAAAUCAGUUGUUUGGCUCUUCAUUUAGCCUUAAUGAACGGAAAAUAAAGGAUACGGGUCCAGAGUUCAUCCGAAUGCUGGAGGAGCCUCUCGUCGUUCUAGAGCUGCCUAAUUCUAUUGUGUCAAACAAAGGGCGUUCGAGUUCCAACCACAGGGACUUGAGAGUCAUGAUGCCAAAUGGACAGAACAUUCUGCUCAAGUGUGACGUCAAGUCCAGAGGAGGAGACGUCUUUGAUAUGAUCAUCGCUCAUGCAAACCUCGUGGAACAUUUUUACUUUGGCCUUGCAUAUAGUGACGAUAAUGAAUUUUUCUUUCUUGACAAUGACAUGAAAAUAUCCAAAGUUGCCCCUGGCGCCUGGAAGAAAGUGCCCACUACCACAUUUGUGCUUCAUUUCCGCAUCAAAUUUUUUGUGCCGGACGUCUCUUAUCUUCUACACAAGCUGACCCGUCAUCAGUACUAUCUCCAGCUGAGACGGGACGUCCUGGAUGACCGGCUGCCCUGUAACGAGGAGACCUGCUUGUUUCUCGGUGCCUUGGCUCUUCAAGCCGAGUUUGGGGACAGUAUGCCUGAGGUCUAUGGGAAGAACUACUAUCAGCCGGAGCACUACGUUUCCAAGAGUGUUUUGCAGAAAAUGGCAAUGCCUUGCCUGAAAGACGAGUUGCUACGGUUACACGCCAACAACGCAAACAUGACUGCUGAGGAGGCUGAGAUCGAGUUCCUCAAGAGCGUUCAGCAGCUUCCGGAGUACGGGGAACUGUGUCACCGCGCCGCCCGUGAGAAGAAGCCGGUGUUUGGAGAGCUGGUCCUGGGAGUGUGUGCCAAAGGCAUCAUCGUGUAUGAAGUUAUAAAUAACUCACGCACCACAAGCCUUAGAUUCCUCUGGAGAGAGACCAGCAGUAUCACCUCAGCCCGACGUAAGUUUGUCAUUGAGAGCAGCACCAGUAAAAAGAAGUACACCUUUCUGACCGAAAAAUCAAAAGUGGCCAAAUACCUCUGCGAACUCUGCUCCGCACAGCACAAGUUUCACAAGGAGAUGAGCUCUCGCCAGCUCACACACAGCCUCACCUCAGAGGACAGUAUUGUGCAGUACGCAGCCGUGUGUCGAGCUCAGAACCACGAGGUUGCGCUCAACGACGACAGACGCCUCGAUCCCGCUGCCGACGACUCCAUGAGCAAACUCUGUGAGGACAUCGCUACCCGCCUCGAAGCCAAGAUCAAACUACAGAGAGACUUAUUAGACUUCACCGGAUCCCUAAGUCCAGCUUUACGGGGAAACUCUUGUAGUUCUUGGAAGGAUUGCUCUGAAAUCCCUUCAUUGUACUCUCCUUCAAGAGGUACUCCAACAAGUUCCCGACCUCCAGAGAGGGAAAUAAUCUGUGUUUCCCUCAAAAAAGACCCUAAAAUUGGCCUUGGUAUUGUUAUUGUUGGAGAAGACAACACAGGGAAACUGGACCUCGGUAUCUAUAUUGCAUCAAUUGUACCCGGAAGCCCAGCUGACCGAGAUGGACGCAUCAAACCAGGUGGUCGACUGAUCUCUCUCAACCAGCUCAGUCUGGAGGGCAUGUCCUUCAGCGAGGCCGCCGACAUCAUGCAGAACAGCUCCAGCGAGGUGGAGCUCAUGGUCUCGCAGCCAAAAGCUGUGCACAAGCGUGAAGGCGCCGGUCGUCUGGCAGAGAGAAACUACACGUCACAGAGCACGAUACCGGCUGACAGUCGAGCAGGGGACGAGUAUCUGGACGAGCUGGUCAGUGUGAUGAUGACCCCUAAAGGCACCAGCAGGCUUCACAUCCCUGAGGUCCGAAUUAUAAACGCACAGGAUGAUUAUUCCAGGUCAGCGUCUCUGAUCAGCCUGAGACCUGAAGAGUUCAUUGUGAUGCUUCAGAGAUCUGGAGGUAGCCUGGGCAUCAGUAUCGCGGGAGGAGUGAAUACCGGUCUCCGUUACGGAGGGAUUUACAUCAAGAGUCUGAUACCCGGUGGAGUGGCCGAACAAGAUGGCCGAAUCCAGACAGGAGACAGGCUGUUGGAAGUGGACGGCACCAGACUGCAGGGAUUCACAGAUCAGCAGGCGGCUGAAUGUUUGGCAAGAGCAGGCGAGGUGGUGUGUCUGGUGCUGGAGCGGGACGGAGGCUCAGUGCUGACGCGAGGCCCUAUAAACCCUCAGUUACGGGACACACUCGCCGUCCGAUUACCGAAUCCCACAGGGGUGAGGAACAGCUGUCCUGCCGUCACCAUGACCAGACCCUUCGGCGUCAAGCCCAGAGACUACAGCUUUGUGUCGGACGAGAACAUUCAGGAGGUGAAACUCCAGAAGACCCUGAACGGUCUGGGCUUCAGCUUCUUCAUCUCAGAGCUGGACACGUCCCUCGACUGUGGCUCGGUCGUGCGAAUCAGAACGCUGUUCCCAGGUCAGCCUGCGGAGGAAAGCGGCAAGAUUCAGGAGGGAGACGUCAUUCUGUCGAUUAACGGGCAGCCGCUGAAGGGAUUGUCCUAUCAGCAAGUGCUGCAGUGUUUGAGGAUUUCUCCUUCAGUGGUGCAGCUGGUUAUCUGCCGUCCUCCUCAAGGAACACUUCCACCAAUAUCCGAGAAAAUAGGCCAACUGACCUGCAGCUGAUCCAUUAAAGAUGUCAUAUAUGAAGGUCUUCUCCUGAAGGGAGGAAGAUCAUAGAGGAAUCCUGAUGCAUUAUAGGAGAGGAUGGAUCCUUCAGAGGGGUCCUCCUGUCAAAUACAAAAAGGAAGCAGACUUAGAGUUUGAAAUCCUACAAUGAUCCUUUCCUGCUCCUUUACUUUACUGGAUGAAAAGGCAAGUGUCGGUAAGCAACUUUUUUAUUAAUAAUAAACUAUUUGAAUGAUGCUGAAUUGACAAUAACAUGUAAAAUGUGUAUAACGUUAACCACCAGCAGGAGAGCAGUGAUGAGUAAACUAAAUUAGCUGACUACAUUGAUUGUGUAACAUAAUGAU